UAAACACCCAAACUUUUAUCUUUUAUAUUACAAAUUGCAUCAAAAAUGCUUCGAAGUAUUUGUUAAAUGUCCGUAGGUAGAGAGAGAAAGAAACAACAAAGCUCUGAGUGCAAAAAGUGCAAUCAACGAAAACUGACGCGAACAGACCUUAUUGCCUUUAUGGGAACUAUUUCGAUCAUCUCAUCAUCUCCUUGGAAAAAAACGAUUUAAUAACAAGACUUACAAUAAUCUGUAUAUUUUUCUUCGUAUUUUAAUUUCGUCAUUCUAUACGUACGUUAUCGAGACCGAUACGAAAACACUCUGAAUAAAGAGCAAAGCUAAACAAUAACACACACGAGGCUCUCUCUCUUUCUCUCCAGGAUACAAUUUUAAUUUUGUAUCUUCGCCGGUGUUAUAAUUGUACAAAUGUUAAGCAACAUCGCCAAGAGUAAUUUUUUACUGCGUGGUAAGAGUGCUCUGCUUAAAAGAUACAAUGUACCACUGACAGCACAAAAUAUCAGGCACAAAUGGAACACUGUGUCUUCAAAGAAUCAAAAUGCAACAAUGGAGAGUGAAGAUGACGACACUGAUCAGCCUAUAAAAUAUUCCACGUCAAAAGCUGCUAAUAUGAGAAUCGAUGAGUAUCGUGAUCCAGUGGGAGAUACAUAUCCAUGGUAUCAAGGCUAUAUCGUAUCGUUAUCCAUAGCUGUCUUUCUAGGCUACUUCUGUAUUUUAAGAGAGGAAAAUGAUAUUGAUUUAAUGCUGCAUACGGAUUUGGGAGAGUCAUUAAAAACCAUGGAAAAAAAAUUGGAAGAGGAGAAGAAAUUUAAAUCGUGAUCAUAGGAUAUCUAUCUGAAAUAGUUUCUCUUGUAAAAUUUUUUCCAUUAUGCAACAAAUUGCACUGUGUAAUGCUCACGUUUUCCGCAAGGGAUACGUUAGCAGAUGUUAGCUUAAUUCAAUUCGCAAUAAUAUCUAAAUAUAUAUAUAUAUAUAUACUGUAUAUAAUAUUAAAGAGAGUUGUUAAGAAAAAAAAA